AUGCCUUCUAAACCCGCCUCUUCCCCUGCAGGCCCUGCAAAGUCUACAGCUGUAGAGCGUCUUUCUCAAGUCGCUGGUCACGUCGCUGAGAGUCAGAAUGAGGCUGCUGCACAGUCCGACGCUGGGCGGAGAGGGCGGCGGUCAAAGUCGUCCAGAGCGGCCGGUCCUCCAGCCGACUAUUCGGAUGUGCUGGGGAACCUACAGAGGCUCCAGACUAUUGCACACACCCCGGACCUCGACAACAGAGGGUAUCAGAGACAGAAGCGCGAAGGCAAACUAUGGGUGCGGGAACGCCUGGAACAGCUGCUCGACACCAACUCUUUCAAGGAGAUCGGCAGCGCCAGCGGUCAUAUCGUGUGGAAGCAGACCGGGCCUAGGGACGAAGAGCCCGUGUCAUUUACUCCGACGAAUAACCUUCAAGGGUUUGGACUAUUGCGUGGCAGAAAGGUCAUAUUGACGGCGGACGACUACUCCAUUCGAGCCGGGCAUGCGGAUGGGGCCAUCUCCGAAAAGACCGUUUACACCGAGAAACUUGCUGUCGCUCUGCAAUUGCCCAUCGUCAAACUCACAGACGGAUCCUCUGGUGGCGGCUCUGUCACUAGUAUUAAAACGCUCGGGUGGUCGUAUGUUCCGGGCGUGCCAGGUUUCAUCGAGGCCAUCAAGGGCCUCAACCUGGGUAUUCCCAACUUGGCGGCCGUCUUGGGCCCUGCAAUUGGUAUUGGUGCCGCCCGUGCCGUGUCUUGUCAUUUCUCAGUCAUGGCCGGAGAUAUCGGGAGUCUAUUCAACGCCGGACCGCAAGUGGUCGAACUGGCAACCUUUGAAGAAGGACUGAGCCUGCGCGAGCUGGGCGGGCCUGGUAUCCAUUGCACGAACGGAACAAUCGACAACUUGGCAGCCAACGAAGCAGAAUGCUUCGAGCAAAUCAGGACAGUGCUCUCGUACUUGCCCGACUGUGGGCACUCCAAACUCCCGCCUGUUAUCGAGAGCAGUGACCCCAUCUCGAGAGUCAACGAGGAGUUGAGGACGAUCAUCCCUCGCAAGAAGACGCGCAUGUACGACGCGAGGGCCAUCAUCCGCACCGUCUUCGACGCCGGCUCCUGGUUCGAGAUCGGGGCUCUUUGGGGGAGAACAGCAAUUGUGGGCCUGGCCAGGCUCGGAGGUCACCCUGUGGGCGUCAUCUCGUUAAACUGUGAAGUCAACGCCGGCGCCCUGGACAGCGGAGGAGCUCAAAAGAUCACGCGUCACCUGAAACUGUGUGACGUGAUGAACCUCCCAAUCAUCCAGUUUGUCGACGUUCCAGGCUACGCCAUUGGGACAGUGGCCGAGAAACAAGCAACCAUGCGCUGGGGUGUGGAGCUCGCCAAAGCCUAUCUGUCCACCACGGUCCCUCUUUUCAACGUCUUGACCCGGAGGGUCUACGGUGUCGCGGGGGGCAUAAUGAUCGGUUGUCGCGAUCCCAUGAUGCGCGUGGCCUGGCCGAGUGGUGAGUGGGGAAGCCUGCCGCUCGACGGCGGGAUCGAAGUGGCCCACCGAUGGCAGUUGAAACAAGCCGAGGCCGAAGGGAAGAAGCAGGAACUGUACAAUCAGCUCGAGGACGAAUACCGGCGGUUCAUGAAUCCCAUCCGGACCGCCAAUUCAUUUGGAGUGGAGGAGAUUAUUGACCCGGCGCAUACGAGGCGCGUUGUUGCUGAGUGGACCAUUCAUGUGUACUCGGGCAUACUCCCACAACGCAUACUAGAUAGAGCCGCAGGACGAAUCCACCCGACAUUUGCCUAG